AUGUUUUUCUUUUCCUUUUUCCUACGAGCUUUCGACAGCAAAAGAUCGCAUGUCUCUGGGGAUUCCACGACAACACAACACUCGGCAGACCCGCCUCCGAGCAAUACAAAUAUUACUCCGUCUCACCCGGGCACAAAAAACCUAAGCAGCCAGAUUCUGCCCGAUACCAGCACCGCCGGUGGCGCCUUUCCAAUCGGAAACACCAGCACACAAUUUACUGCAUGCCCCCAGCCCAACUUCAUUGAACCUUCAAGGCCCAAAACGCUUGUGUGGGCUUGCGAUGGAACCGGCCAGAAGGGCACAGCGAACGAUGGUGUCGCCAAGAGCAAUGUCUUCAAACUUUGCCAGAUGCUUAAGGGUGCAAGCCGGGUGGAUGACCCUUCACACAAAGUGGUGGUGAUCUAUCACGAUGGGCCCGCUGCAGAUAUGCAAAGUAGCUCGAAAGCAGACAAGAUGAAAAACAUAGAGAAAGCUAUGUUAGGUUCGGAUGUUGACGACCGUAUCAUGGCGGGCUACUAUGCGCUUUGCGAGAAUUACAACACAGACGAUGAGAUUGUUCUCAUCGGGUUCUCUAGAGGCGCCUUCGUCGCCAGGUGUAUCCAAAGCAUCAUGUGUUUCGCAGGAGGCCUGCUGGAAUUUGACUCUGAGGAAUCAAGCCAGUGCAGAGCGGACCAGGUUAAAAGUCUCUACAAAUUAUGGGAAGAGGCCGCUGGGAACCCAUGCGUUUUCCCACUUGAAAAACGACGCAAAUUUAAGAUAAGACUCCGUUCUGGCAAAGUCAAGCACUUGGUUUUAUUCGACACUGUCGCCUCCGUUCGAAAGACUACAGUAUUUGGAUUCCAUCAGCAACUCACCUUUGUCGACUCAACGCUGGCAAGCAACGUGGACUACGUGAGCCAUGCAAUGGCAUUACAUGAUCAUCGGGAGCUAUUCUUCCCCAUCCCCAUCACAGAGUGCGAUAACCCAAACACAAGAGCCGUAAACAUGUGGUUCGCAGGUAUCCACAAAGAUGUGGGCGGUGGAAACGGUAGGGAGGGAUUUGAGCGGUUCCCUCUCGCCUGGAUGAUGGGACAAAUCAGAACCAUCAACGGAAUUGACCUCAACAGAGUCACCACCACGUACGCUGGUCAGCAGCAGAACCCGGAUACCAUGGACUGGAGCUACGCGGAGACGAAAAAGCUGGCUGAUUCCAACAUCCUCGGAGAAUGGCGCAUUCCGGCCUGCCAGCAGUGGAGCUGUGGAAAGGCCAUACAUAUUGUAUGGCCGGAAAAGGCUCCCUACAAGAUGUCCUCAGUCGGGUCCGCCACCGACAUGGCGAUUGGGGAUGUCUUCAAGUCCUACGACUCCGAAGGAAGCAGAGAAAGGACUAUGGAAGUUCCCGAGCGUCAUAAGUCGGGCGGCAAGGCAGCCCACGUGAAAGAACUCAUACAAGUACUUGAAGACAUAGUCUGCGACGAGAGCCCUAUACACGGCUAG